CCGACUUGGCGGAGUAAAAAGAAUAAGGUUAAUUUCAUGUUUUGAUGUUUGUAUACAAAAAAACUUUUCCAACUUAUUUACUUUACAUGUUUAGUCUAUAAAUAUGAGUUAAUUGUACAUUUUGAAACUAAAUAAUUAUUAAACUAUUUAUCAAAUAUGGGCGUUACAAUAUUAACUCAGUUUCCUGUAGAGAACAAAACUGGGCCCCAAAUAAUUGAGUUGUUAUCGAAAAGAAUCAGUGCUUUAGGAGCUGUUCCACAAGGACAAUUCUUAGUGGAUUGUGAAACAUAUAGUUCAGUGCCAGCUUUAGGACAUCAACGUACUGUUCAUGUUUUGCAUAACUCUGAGCAACCUGCUACUGUAUUUGCUUUGCUUGAAACUGGUACUAAAACUAUACCUUUGGCAACAGAUGGAUUAUUUGAUCUGUUAAUGAUGAAAAUGUCGAGUUUUUAUCAAUCUAAAAAACAGACCAAGGCAGAAUCAAAAGGUCCUCGAUUUGAAAUUGGAGAUUUCUGUGUAAAGCUCGGUUCAGUAACUGUGAGCAGUAAUUUUAAAGGUGUUUUAGUGGAAGUAGAAUAUAAACCAUGUGUUGUUCCUGCUAUGUGUUGGGAUUUAAUAAUGGAAUUUAUGCAAGGUUUUCUUGGAUCACUAGGUCCAACAACACCACCGUCAUUUCUUCAAAAUCGAAUGCAAGAUAUUUAUUCUCCAAUUGACACAAUUCAACAAUACUUAGAACACUUUACGCUAUUUAGGAAAUCUCCAGGUCCAGCUUUGAUAAUGAGACCACAAUAAUAGUUUUAUUUCUUUGGUUGUAUAAAAUAAUGUUGCAUGGGUAUCAUACUUUUAAGUUUAUAACAUUAGAAAAACACAUUUUAAUAAUUAUAUUCUAAUUUACAGUUUUUCUAAAAACUAAUAACAUAAGAGUUAAGAUAAUAUAAUAGUCAUAUAAUAGUAUAAUUUAUGAAGCCUUAAAUGUCUGGUUGGUACAUUUUUUUAAUAUACAUGCUACGUUAGUGUAUAAUAUGUUUUUGUUUGAAAAAAAAGUAUAUGUUUUUGUUCAAAAAUAAUAACACUAUCUUACCUAUAUAUUUUUAAGAAGUUGUAUUUACUAAUUUUACAUCUAACAAUUACAUUGAUAGUUGUUUGUGUAUCACAAAAAAUUAAUCAGUAUCAGGAAUAGAUUAUAAACACCGGCAUUUUUCAUAACCGGUAUUAGUUAAUUUGAAUUUGAGCGUUAAGGUCAAGCAGGGUCAAGUCACUCUAGACUUUUUAUUCUUAAUCUAAGGUCAUGACAUGACAGGCGACAGCCCUGACAGGCCUCUAUUUGAGGUUAUUAUUAAGUUGUUCUAAUGUUUAUUUUUGAAAUCUAGAGUUAAUUUCCAAUUUCCACACAACAUAACUAGUGAUAAGGAGGUGAUUAUUCCAAAAUAGU